AAUGUAAACAAGAUAGACAAAAUGAAGGUCAUUUCAUAUAAAUACCCUAAAAUAGAAUUUAGGAUCAUCGAUUGAUUCUGUUAAAGGCACUUCACAGUUUGACAACUUUAAGGGAGGUAAAAAGGAACAUGGAUUUACGACUGAACACAAACGGACAAGGAAACACUUAUGGAUCUAUUUCAUACACUAGCGAGACAACAUUUCAAAAUACACAUAGCUUGAGCUUUAAUCCUAAAUCGAAUAAAGUUUCACCUGUGAAUGACUUUUCUGAAGUAUCGUUAUCCCCAGAAGAGUCACCUUCUACGCUAAAUAUAUCUGAUGUGACUUAUGUUGUAAGGGAAUAUGUUGGGCCAUGGUGGAAUGGAGCAUGUUUCAGAAAAACGCGACGAAAAACUGUUCUUCAAAACAUUUCAUUACAGGUCAAAUCUGGAGAAAUAACAGCGAUUCUAGGAAAUUCGGGGUCAGGAAAGACUUCGCUUUUGGAUAUUAUAUCGUGCAGAUCAUCUGGCUCGGUUGUCGGUAAUGUAUGUUUCAACAACGUUAAAUGUACCCGUGACGUCAUCCAGCAGCGUGCUACCUACGUCAUGCAAGCUGAUCGUUUGUUACCGAAUCUUACAGUACGAGAAACAUUACGCUACACUGCCCGACUAAAAUUACCGGGAAACAAAACAUCAAAAGAGAUAGACAAACAGGUAUCACAAGUAAUUAUUCAAAUGGGUUUGAAAGAUGUUGCUGACUCAAGGAUAGGAAGUAGUAUCAUCCGUGGAAUCUCAGGAGGAGAGCAAAGACGAGUUACCAUAGCAAUACAGUUACUUAAAGAUCCAGACAUGAUACUCCUUGACGAACCAACCUCUGGUCUAGACAGCUACACAGCUCGCUACCUGGUCACAAAUCUCCGUGAUUUAGCUCUACAGGGUAAAGUUGUCUUGUUAACAAUCCACCAACCUAGUUCAGAUAUCUUUCACAUGUUUGAUCAGAUUGGAAUCAUGUCAAAGGGACAGAUGGUGUAUUGUGGACCUGCCAAAGAGAUGGUUCCUUAUUUCACAGCCCUUGGUUAUCCUUGUGAUAGAUAUACAAACCCCUUAGACAGAUAUGUUGAUGUGGCAAGUAUAGAUAGAAGAGAUAAAGAAAAAGAACAUGAAAGUACGAAACGUGUUUCUAGUCUGGUUGAAGCUUUCCAGAACUCAGCAUUGCAUCUUACUACGGUACAAAACAUCAGAAAUGAGUCUUCAAGACCUGUUUCGGCAAGCUCAAGUUAUGGUAUCAAGAAACAAAAGGGCCCGGGCUAUUUUAGAGUAUUAGUGACGCUCCUCAGUCGAAUGAACACAAAUCUAUUUCGGGACAGAAAGGACUAUUUUGCAAGACUGUUUCUGUUGCCACUCUUUGUUGUUUUCAUUUUAAUCUUUCUUGGACGAUUGAAACACACCCAGUCAAGCAUUCAGGACCGUGUUGGCUUAUUGUAUCAGUCGUCUACGGUACCACCAUUCAUGGGAAUAAUAAACAGUAUAGCACUAUUUUCAUGUUUGCGGAACCUUUAUUACCGGGAAAGUCGUGACGGGUUAUAUGGAAUAAUCACUUUCUUAUUGGCGUAUACCAUUCAUAUAAUACCAUUCCACAUUGUAUCAAGCAUCAUUUUCAGCAGUAUCGUUUACUGGGUAACAGGCAUGCAUCCGGGAUUUGACAGAUUUGCUCUGUACACCCUGGAUGUAUUCAUCCUACAAUACUGGGGAGAAAUGCUGACGAUAGCUUGUCUAGGGAUAUUUAUGAAUGCCAAUUUGGCUAACAGUGUAUCUGCGUUGCUGCAGGCAGCAACAGUAGUUAUUGCAUCGGGAUUUCUAAAGAACACCGCGUCUUUAAUUAAACCUUUCAAGUGGUUGAGUUGGAUUCUGCUACAUAAAUACAAUGGUGAAAUUCUAGUUGCCAACGAAUUUCGUGAUCUAGAACUUGAUUGUAAUUUAAAUGAGACUGCAGUUUGUAUUCCAAAUGGUAAUUUAUAUAUCGACGCAUACUAUCCUGGAGCCGAUGACCAUCUUGCACGGAAUUUCGGUGCAGUUGGAGCAUAUGCUGUUGGAACAUUGAUACUUGCAAUGCUAGCUUUUAAAGCCGGAGGACUGAGAAAUCUUCACUGAACGACUAUUUAAAUGGGUGCAAAUUGCAAUAAUCUACACAAGUCUUUGGAAGUUCUUAAAGAUGUUGUUUUGCUGU